AUGCACGAGUUGAGCCUCUACGGCCAGGUCACCUUUGCGCGCUAUGAGCAGGUGCUGAACAUUCUGGCUGGGGUUGCUGCCAUGCAGCCCCAACGUGUUUUCGAGCGCAACAUUAUCUACAAGCCUACGCGCGAGCCGGAGGAGCCCGGCUCGAAUCUUGGCCGUCGCGGCGGCACCCAGACUGUCGCGCAGAAGCAGGCCAAACAAGCUGCUCCUGUUGUUCUCUACCAUACCCGCCUGGUCCAGAAGCUGUCUGAAGACGACUUUGCAGCUGAAGACGGCCUGCCCGAGGAGAGCACAAAGACCUUGUCUGCUGACGUACAAGACGGAGAGGAGCCAGCAUGGUCGUUUGUCUUCCGAGACGUACCGGAUACUGGGGACAGAGGUGUCUCAAUCCGCUUCACCAACACCACUGACUUGCUGUCUGGCGACCCACAUGCUUUCAUGAUCGCCUCAGGGCCCAAUCAGUUCGUGACUGAGUUCUACGUCGAAGGCUACCGUUUUGUGCACGGCAAUGUCGUUAUAUUUCUCUACCGCAUCCUCCACGAGCCCGGCAUACGCAAUGUCCAGAAGGCCCCCAAGGCCACACUACCGACAUGGAACGGGCUGAAGCUGCUUGAUCCAAGCGGUGUUUACACGCUCCAGUCUACCGUCCGCAUCGAAGACUUUAACAACGCAGCUGUACUGGAGGCAGGCGUGAAUGAGCUGAAGAGAUUCCAGACGCAAAUGAAGGGCUGUGUGAACCUGGCUUUGCCAGAUCGACUUGCACUGGAUCCCCGCGUCAAGUACAAAGCUCCGACAGUCCCUGCCACCCAAGCGCGACCUCGAUGA